UGGGAUCGUGAACCUCCCCUCCCGCUCAGUCUGUGAUCUCAUCGUAAUCGUAACCCUUUGGUCUUAGGUGUUUUUUUUUCGGUGCUUUUUCAUUGUUUUAGAAAUAAAUGCAUGUUAUUUUGGAGUCUGAGUAAUGCUGAGGAGUGAUUAAAUGUAUAGAUAAUGGCGGAAGUUAUGAAUGAAUUAAGCGGCGGCAGUGGCGAAGUGGAUGAUGAACAUGACUCGAUAAAAUUGAAUGGCGACGACGCUCCCAGUAUUGCUGCGAACUCUCCGUCAGACUCUCAGAUCCUAGAUGACGAAUCGAUGCCGUCGAAAGAUGAUAAAUGUAUCUCGUCCAGCUAUAAAUCCAAAAUAGACGAUAUAAACAACGAUAAAAAUACGAUUCGCGAUACAGCAGAUGAUGUUGAAGUCCACGAACCACAAAAUAACGGCAACGCAACUGUAGCUAACGGUCGCCUGCAACUAGACGCUUCAUCGUACGCUGAAGACGACGAAGACGACGACGAUAAUGACAGCGAAAGCAUUCAAAAUGACAAAUCACGACCACCCGUAUCUGCGAACACGAACGUGAGCUCGGUUUCAAAAAAGCCUAUACCCGAUCUAACAUCUAUAAGCUCUGUGACCAAGGGUAAUUCAGACAGCAUCAACGACUCCGAUCCGUUAUCGAUGAACGUUGAUGAAGAUACGAAUUGUGAUAGCGAUAAGGCUGAAUCUAGGCUACAAUCGAACCCGAAAGGUAGCCAAGUCGCGAGUUUAACCAUCGACGAUGUUAGUACGUCCAGUGCGAGUGUUGCUAAAGACGACAGCAUCGUUUCGAAUAACCGUUUGUCGGGUCUAACUAUUACAGCUGUCAACGAGAACGGUGCUAAAGACGACGUUGUAGCGACUGAUUUAAGUAGUAAACGAUCCCACGACGGAGGCGAUAAGAGAUCGAGCUCUACCGGCGGUGAUGAAGAUGACGAAGCUAACGAAGACGACGAAGUGAUCUCUAUUACAAGUACGCCUGAUAAAAGCGGCAAAAAAUGGUCGAAGAAAUCUUCCAUGUCUAUAUUGAAUAUUACUCCUCGUAGAAGUAGUCGAAAUCUAAAUAAACAAAAAAGCUACGCCGAAAAAGACGGCGCCGAAUUUGAAAACAACAGCAGCAACGACGGCGGUAGAAAACGUACGGCUGGCUCCAGCGGCGGUGAUGACGAGAUCGAGGAAGUUACUCCGACCGAUCCGUUAGCUGACGAACAACCUCGUCGAUUAUCAGCUGGCAAAGUACGCGGAGGUAACAAAACGAUCGUCGUCAGUGAUACCAAAGGUUUGGUGGAAUUCGCCUCCAAUACCAAAGCGUCUCGUUCGAAUAAAAAAGAACCAACUUUAGUGAUAAUAGAUACUAACUCGAUAUUAUCGGGCCGAGGACCGAUACCAGUAUCGCAGCAAGGUGGUUCAAAUUCGUCCGCUGCCUCCCUUCCGAUUCCGGUCUCUUUACCGAUAAAUGCUGGUGCUUUUGCUAACGCUACACGAGGUAAUACCGCUUCGUCGAACGCUGCAUUCUCCGUUAUACCGAUCGGUCUACCGGCUCAAGGCAUGUACUCGCAGUUCAAGAACCCGCCCCCUCAGAUUAAACCGAUUGUCGUUGGACCGGCUACGACAUCGGUCACACCGGUACCGCUGGCUCAUUCUACGACCCCGUCAGCAACGAGCAUUUCAACAGUUCAGACGACUCAGCCUGCUAAUAAACAACCUCCGGUUAUAUUACCUUCGUUGACGGAUGACAUGUUCGUCGUCGAAGCUCCCUCGUUCAUCGUACCCUACGUUUAUGAAAAACCUCCGAUGAAAUCGCUCAAAGAACACAUCGAAAAAAUCGAAAACGAUAUUAAGCGAAUGAUAGCCGAAGAAGAAGCUCGACUAGAGCAACAAGAACGCGACGAAGCUAAAAAUAGCACCAAUGAGAAACCGACACCGAGCGAAAGCGAAGAGAAAACCGCCCCUAGUGGCGAUUCUGCCGCACCAUCCGAUGACAAAGCUACCGAUGAUGCUGCUCCGAAAGAAAGCUCGACCACAGAGGACGAUUCUAAACGACCAGAAGAAAAAGAAGGCGCUGAAAACCAAGUGGCCAAAGAAGUAGAAAAAUCCACCACCAGCGAAGAGAAAAAAGAUGCUAAAGAAAGCGGCGAUUCGACCGUCGAACCUAUGGAGGUAGACGAAGAGCCUCCGGCGACCGCUUCUAAACCUCCGGCAACCAUUGAACCGGAUAACAGCGUUAAAAAGAUGGAAAUCGACACGUCACCGGCCAACGCUAUCAAAGAAAUCGAGAAGAAAAUCACAGCCGGUCCGACCACCGGUACCGACGAUCCGAAAAAACCUGCUUCCUAUUUUGAUAACCCGUUGGGCAAGUUCUUCAUGCAAAUCGGUUUGAAUCUAGUUCAAGAACAAGUUCAAACCGAUCUUCUCCGGUCGCAGAGACGUAAACGGGAUAAAGAAGGCGGUAAAUGCUCCGCGGACGUUCAAUCGACCAUCGACGAGCUGACCAAGACGCUCGAAUCGAGCAAAGAAAACAACGACCCGUUCAAAUUGGAGCUUAAAAAAUGCGAAUUGUGUAGUUUCAAGACGGAAUCGAUGCUCGUGAUGGCGCAUCAUUUGGAAACGCCGCAUAUGAAGAAUUUCACGUACAGGUGUAAUUUCUGUACCCUAGAGGUACGAAGCCCCCAUGACAUAUUGUACCAUAUGGAAGCCGAACACAAUGUCAGAGGCAGACUCGAACGAGCUCCGGCAUUCCAUCAGUGCCCUAGUUGCCCAUUCGAAGAUAACCAAAAAGGUAAACUUACCCGGCAUCUGAUAUCUUGCGCGAAGAAAUACCGUCCAGAAAGAAACCAGGAACCACCGCUAGAUUGGGAACCUCCGGCGAAGAUACCGCGAAUGACGAGAAACCGACCACCUACCAUGAGUCCCGGCAAUGCUGUGUACCAAGCGGCCAUGUCCGGUCUGAAACAAGCGCCGCAGCAGAAUACUCUGUUACCCAAGUUAUUGCCGAAUGCGACCAAUAUGAAACAUAACAUGAUGAACGCUGCUAACAAGAGGCCAAAUUUGAUCAAUCAGUUCGUCAACAGGUUCCCGAAUGCCGCUAAUGCCCAGGCCAACUUUCAACAAAGAUCGAUUCCAAUGCAAACUCCUAAUCAAGGUAUGAUGUUCAGACCAGGAGGAGCGAACACGCAAACGCCCGUUUUAUUACCUCAAGGUUACCAUCUAUCCGGUGCUCAAAUCUAUCAGACUCAGAAUAAUAAAUCGCAAUCGUCGCAGCCUGGUUUGGCGGCAGCUAAAUUACUAAAUCAGCCCAGUAUCUCUAUUACUCCUUUGCCGAGACAGCCGUCCGCUUCGUCCAAUAACUCGAAAUCCGGCGCUGGUAAAUCCUCGAACGCUGCCAUGGCAGCCAGUAACAAAGCUGGUGGCGGUAAUUUCGUCGUCUGCGAAAUCUGCGACGGUUAUAUUAAGGACUUGGAACAAUUACGAAAUCACAUGCAGUGGAUACACAAGGUGAAAAUCCACCCGAAAAUGAUCUACAACCGACCGCCUUUGAAUUGUCAAAAAUGUCAAGAAAGAUUCUUCACCGAUCAAGGCUUAGAACGUCAUUUACUCGGCGCUCACGGUUUGGUCACGUCUAGCAUGCAGGAAGCGGCUAAUAAAGGCAAAGAUGGCGGCCGGUGCCCGGUUUGCGGUCGUGUAUAUCAAUGGAAGCUUCUGAAUCAUGUCGCUCGUGAUCACCAAAUGGCUCUGAAACCGGCCCAUCUGUCGUACAAGUGUACCGUGUGCACGGCUACCUUCGGAAUGUACAAGCAGUUCGAAAGUCACGUGUAUUCGGCUCACAGCGUGGUCGCUAAGCGAGCCAUGGAUCCGUCGAAGAAACCUCCGCCAGCGCCUAGUUCGUCUCAAAACGAUACGUUACUAAAACCGUUGAAAAUUAACGACGAGAUUACUAUAAUACCGCAACCGGUUCGAUCGACGAGACCUAGUAAUAAUAAUAGAGAAUCUAAUGCAGCUACAAUAACCAAAACUGUGUCCAACAGUAAAAAAAUGGAUUGUUGCGAAGACAACAACAACAAAGAGGACAACGACGACGGUAGUAGUACUACUAAAAAAUCUGACCACGGUAACGAGCGAUUGUGUAAAUGCACCUGUCUGAUGGGAAACUUCGCCAACUACGAAGCAUUCCGAAUGCACUUGAUUGGAAAACACCUGAAAAGCUUCAAGAUAGUAGUAUCGCGUUUAGAUUUAAAAUCAUUUAUUCCUAUAGCGAAUAAAGAGAACGCGUUUAAAUUGACCAAGUUCGAUCGUAAUUCAGUCUCGGACCAAGUUCGAAAACAAUACAAUUUGAAGGAAUUCUUCAUCGAAAUCAAACGACACCGUUUAAGCGUCGAUUGCAAGUACAAAGUCGUCGAAAACAAACCCCUAGAAACGGUUGCCGCCGCCGCCACUACUUCCAGCCAACCCGAACCCGAGAACCUGGUUGCCGCCGAAGUCGUCUACUCGGCGACUGAAGACUUGCACGAUGAUGACGCCAGAGCCAAAUGCAAGCAGAAGGGAGGACGUGUGUUCGUAUUGAACACGAUGUACGAAAAACGUAAAAUACAGAUCGAGCUUUUUUUGGCUAAGAAAAAAGCUCAAGCUCGUAGAACUGCUCCAGCGUCUCGGCAGAUUGGGCCCAAACCAGGUCCAGCUACGGUAGUCAACGGUGGUGGUGGUAAACAGAAGAAGCUGAUAUCGAGAGGUCGUCGUAACGCUGCUAGACAAAAUGUUCGGAAAAGCACCGCCGAUAGUGCAGAGAUAGACGGAUCUUCGACUUCGGAUGAAGACGUGUUGAACUCGGUCGAUGACCGAAGACCAUCGACGACCAGUUAUUCGGGUUCCUCGAAUUCGUUCAACCAACACUUCAUGUCCGGACCAACGACGAUGAUAUCGCAACAACGUACGGUCACUUCAAGUACAAUCCGCGGAACGGCCCCGGCGACUGCGACCAGAACGCAGAAUCCUCGAUAUCGACUUCCAUCUCAAGCCGCACCGUUCACCAUCUUCAAUCAUCGAACCGUGACUAUGAUGAGCAGUGCACCGAGACCAGUCGGUUUCUCUACGGCUGGGAACCGAUUCGGCGCUCCUCAAGUGACGCAGAUUUUCAGUCAAAGCUCCGUCAAGGUGACGAAAAGCAUUACCCGGUACUCGGGUCCCGGUGCGGCUGCAGCAGCGGCGGCGGCGGCUCGUGCUAGGGCAGAAGCCGCUAAACCUAAACCCGCUGCUCCUAGUAAACCGCAGGCUUUCAUUAGUCUGUUGAGUGAUAGCGAUAGUGACCAUAGCGAUGUUGAAAUCGUCGACUGUGAUCCGGUGGCGGUGGCGGCGGCGGCGGCUGAUUCUCGUAAAUCCGACGACGAUAACGAAGAAGCGUUUAUUCUUCCAUCGUGAAAUGAUCUGAUUCCACGUUAAUUUCAAGUACAGUAAACGACGCUUAACGGUCUCCAUUUAAUCUAUAUGGUUAUAGAUUUUUUAAAUUUUAUGUAUUUUGCUUAGUUUUUUUUUUUUUUUUUUUACCUAUUGUGAUUUUUUUUGUAGGUAUAAUUAAUGUGUGUUUGAAAUUGUGGUGCUUUUGGGAAUUUUUGUACGAACAAGGCUGAGAGUGAUGAUGAGGGUUGCCUUCAUUUCAAAUCUGAAGUUUUCAAUUGACCAAAUUGCGCUCGUGUUGCAUUUUAUUGGGUUUUAGUUGGCAUUUGUAAUUCGGAAAAGAAAAAAUCGAAGGAGGUUGUAGUUGAUUUGUAAAAAAAAAAUUGUAAUUUUAAUCGUCAAGUGCGAUGGUUUUUGGGUUUUGAGUUAUUCUGAUGGUAUAUUUUUAAAUGUUACUUGUACAGAAAUUUUUUGAAAAUGAAAUAUCCUUCGAAUUGAUUUUUUCCGAUGCAAACUCGAGUCUAUAAAUCCUGCUUGAAGCAAAAUCACCUCGAUAUAGCGAGCCAAGUUUCUCCCAAAACCCUUCAAAUUGAUUGUAGGGUCAUUCCAUGUCAACUCGCCCAAAAAAAAAUGUGAGUACAGUACCCCCUCCCCCACAUUUGGGCAAAAUUUUCAAAAAAAUUCUGGGGCAUGUGAUAUAUCGAAUGAUAUGUUUUCGUAGACGCUGAACACGAAUAUGACGUCAGAUCUAAGAUUGGACCCCAUCCACGGCCCCUAGCACCUCCCCAAACGAGGUAAAAGUUCAAAAAAGUCUUUUGUUCGUGCGACACAUGAAAUUGUAUGUUUUUGGUGACGCUGAACACGAGUAUGACGUCAGAUUUUUGAUUAUCGUUACCUAUUUGUUAGACUUUCGCCCAUUGGGGAGGUUCUGAGGGCCAUGGGUGAGGUCAAUUUGAAAAACUAAGGCUAUAUUCGUGUUCAGCGAUAUCGAAAACAUACUGUUUCAUGUGUCGCACGAACAAAACACUUUUUUGAACUUUUACCCCCAUUUAGGGAGGUGCUUGGGGCCGUGGAUGGGGUCCAAUCCAAAAUCUGACGUCAUAUUCGUGUUCAGCGUCACUAAAAACAUACAAUUUGAUAUAUCACUUGCCUCAGAUAUUUUUUGAAAGUUUUGUCCAAAUUUGGGGGAGGGGGUGCUCAUUUUCCAAUAAAAGAUCCAAUCUCGAAAAUUGAAUAUUUCAAAAAAGCAUCAAAUAAGUUUUGAUUAGUUUCAUAUAGCUUUGGAGGUAUGUGCUGCUGAAGUUGGAAAAGGUUGGUUGAGUUCAGGUGGAAUGACCCUGUAAGGUGUCAUCUAUGGCCUUUUCCAUUCUCAUCGAUUUAGUCAUUCAUUCCCAUGAAACAUCAGCUGAAAAUUGGAAUAAAUGGUUGAGCAUUUUUUUUUUAGAAAUUUGAAUAGCUCUCCCCCUCCUUUCCCCUUUACUGUGUCUGAUUGAAAUUUGGGAAGGAUAAUUUUUUUGUUCAAAUAUUCCACAGGGAGGUGAGGAGAGGGGAGGGGAAAAUGGUGAAAAAUGUCCAAAUACGUAUCAAGAUCACUUCGAUUCGAAAACCAAACAUUUUAAAAAAAAUUUUGAACGAUUCCUCCUUCCUUCCUCCCCCCCCCCGCUCCCCACAAUCCAGUUCUAGAAGCUCAAUUUUGAUUUUGGUGUCAAACUGAUACUAGAAUUUGAACCAGCGUUUCUAAAAACCAUAGUUUGAUGCCUGAUUGAAUUUUCCAUAAUUCACGACCCAAACCCCUCCCUCCAGAGGGUCAAAUUUUGGUUUAGGGGGCAUAAUUGGAUUCAAACUGCUUGAAAAUACGUAUUUUGAUACCACGUUGAUUUUUUUUCAAAAUUUCGAGGAUCGAGUUCCUCUCCUCUUCCUCCUCUUUCGAGAUUCUAGCAACUUAGUUUCGAUUUUGGGGUCAAACUGAUUCCAGAAUCCGAACUAGCGUUUCUGAAAACUAGUAAUUUGAUGUCUAUGUUGGAUUUUUCAAAAUUUUGGGCUCCAAGGCCCACAUUGAAGUGCUCAAAAUUUUGGUUUUGGGGUCAAAGAAACAGCUUCGGUCUUCUUCAAAACGUGUAUUUUGGUUUAAAAAUUUUGGGCUUCGAAGUCCACCCUCUCCCCCUCCCCCAUGCUGAAGCUCUGCGAGCUCGGUUUUGUUUUUGCAUCAAGCUGAUUCCAGUAUUGGAACUUUCAAGGUGUUAAAACCCAGUAGUUCGAUACCCAUAUUCGAUUUGUCAAAAUUUUGAGCCCCAAGCCCAUCUUCAGGGUGUCCAAUUUUGGUUUUGGGCUCGAGUGAGUCAUAUGAUCAGAUGCAGCCUUCUAGAAAAUUUGCGUUUCGAUGCCAUAUUGCGUAUUUCAAAAAAUUUUGUGCCUUGAGCCUGCCCCCCCCCCUCCGAGGCCUUGAGAUCUUAGUUUCGAUUUAGGGGUCAAAUUGAUUUCAAGAUUUUAAGAUCAACGUCUUCAAAAACCUACAUUUCAGUCUCCAAUUACUUUUUUUUCGUUGAUUCGAUAUUUUUUCAGCACCCCCCCCCCUCCUCGCCUCCGUCACCUUUGAACUCGCCUUGUUCGUUGAGAUGAUGAAAUUUAAAAAAGAAAAAAGUCUGUUCUCACUUUUUUUCCAAAUUCAAAAUCAUCGAUUCUGGUGUGAUGAAAAUUUCAAAAUUUUACGCCGAAGUACGUUUUCUUCCUUUUUUUUCUCUGUUGCUUCAUUUUCAAUCACUCUUGGUUCGACUUAAAAGAUCUUCAGAAGGGAAAUACUUGUAAAAGAUCUCAUCCCUCUUCGCUUGUACCUGCGUCAUUGCUUUUGAAAUACGUUCGUUUGUUUUCCUUGAAGUUUUUGUUCUUCUGUUUUGUUGUAUUUUAUUUUGUUUCGAUGCUCGUCAAAUGAUACGAUUCUGUAGCGAAGUCUUCUCAGUUCUCACAAAUUGAGUAAUUCUGUUUCGGAUAAGGGAGAUUAAAAUACACGUAUCAAGAUCGAGUACUUUUUCUCCUUAUUUUUCUAAUACUUCUUUUUUAUUGUAAUGCUUUUUUGAACUGAUGAGUGUGUUUUUUUUUGUUUAAUUUUCUUAAGUAGUAUUACGUAUUUAUUUAUUUAGGCGUUUUAUUCGCUGUUUUUUUUUAUGUUUUUUUUUUCCACGUUUUAAAUAUUUCACGACGAUAGUUGUAUUCUAUUCUUAUUAGGUAAAUUAUGUAUGUAUUAUUGGAACGUAUGUAAAUCUUGCCAGACUAGAAAUUGUUAUCAUUGUUGAAUUUUUUUUUCAUUUUCAUGGUCUAGAUGGUCUUUUCUCUUGAAAAGAGUACUUUUUAAUUUUGAUUUUGUGAUAAUCGUGAGAUAUUACAAGAAAUUAUCUAUCAACUUGUGUAAUUUUAAACAAAAUUUAAUUACGUGUAUUUUUUUUUUUUAAUAGUUUAUGUUUGGAAAUUGUGUAGUCAGUGAUACGAGUCGUUGUUUAAUGAAAUGUUUAUUUUGACUAUUGAAAUUAUUUAUAAACAAUUCUCUUUUUUUUCUCUCUUCUUCGACUUACUUUGUAAUAUAUUCUAAUUACGUAUUUGUACUUAUGAGAAUUUAUUAAUUUUAUACUACUAAGUAUUUUUUUAGCAAAAUAAUAUUAUAUAUUUAACCAUUAUUCCAAGCAUAUCUUUAGGGAUAUUUUUAUUUUGUGAACAUUUUUAUAAUGUAUAACUUUUUCCUUUUAUUUUUCAUUAGCGUUUGACCAACACGCGAAUUCUCUUCAUCUUGUAUUAAAGGUUUUCUCCACUUUCCUUAUACGAGUAUAUUAUUGAAUGUUAGAGACAUGAAGAAAUCAUUUCUAUGUUGUAAAUUUGUCUAUGUACAUACAUAUGUAUGAUUAUUUAAUUUUGUACUAAAAUUUUGAAAAUAUUGAACCACACGUAUGUGUAUAUAAUAUUAGUUAUUAGUUACAAUUAGGUAUACAUUUUUAAGUAAAGCAUCGCGAUGAUAUUUACCAAGCAUGCAGAUCGAAGAAUUCAAAUAAACUACUCAUAACUGCGAUAUUAAUUAUGUUGUAAUUAAAUGUAUAUGAUUUUAUGUUUUGAAAACAUUUUACAUAAUAUAAAAACGUUGAUUAUUAUAGUUUUCAAGUUUUU